AAUAAAAUAAUGGGUUUGAUUUUCUUUGCAAACAGUUUAGUAAGCAUAAUAAUUUGCCCAGAGAGACUGCUUGCUGGUUCAUUUACGACAACAAAGAACGAUGAUUCUUAAGAUUGAUUAUCUUUGCGGCUGCCGUUUAAUUCCGUCAACCAAACCAGUGAAUCUCUUUGCUUAAUUAAUCCUGUUUCUGUUAACGUAAUUAAUACGUUUUUAGAGUGAGUAAUCAAAUCCGUUACACGUUGACUGUGUGUAAUCUGUGUGAUAUAUAUAGAUAUAUAUAUAGAGAGAGCUAUAUAUAGAUUAGAGGAUAUGAUUUCAUUUGCAGUGGCAAUCGUGCCAAUGGCUAAACCCUCGUUUAUCAGAGCAGAGCAACCGCUGGCUCCAGAUCUCGCCUCCGACCGCGCAAUCAGCGGCGGCGCCACCUCUCGCCGCCGCGACAUCGUCUUCGUCGUCAAUCCCCGAGGAGCUAACGGAAGGACCGGCAAGGAGUGGAAGAAACUGUUGCCUUUCUUGAGGUCUCGCCUAGGUUCUGAUUGUAAUAUAUGUGAGUCUUUGACUUCCGGUCCUUGCCAUGCCAUAGAUAUUACGAGGGAGGCUAUACGCGAUGGUGCUGAUGCAGUGGUUGCGGUUGGAGGUGAUGGAACUCUUCAUGAGGUUGUGAAUGGCUUUUUUUGGGGUGGGAAGCCUGUUUCAAGUCAUGAUCAGGAUACCCAUACCACCGCUCUUGGUCUUAUUCCCUUGGGAACUGGUUCAGACUUUGCCAGAACAUUUGGCUGGAAAAAUGACCCUCAUGAUGCUAUUGAACGCAUUUCUAAAGGGAUGAGGUCUCGCAUUGAUGUUGGAGUUAUUAAUGGGGAAGGUGGAGAACCGCAUUAUUUCAUAAAUGUUGCUGAUGUUCAUUUGAGUGCAAAAGCCGGUUAUUAUGCAUCAAGAUACAAGAAGUUCGGAAAUCUCUGUUAUGUGAUAGGAGCUUUGCAGGCCUUCUUUCGUCAUCAGAACCAGGACCUCAGAAUAAAGGUUGACAAUGGUGACUGGGAGGUUUACUCUCAAGUAACAGCUCUUUGUAUUGGGAAUGCCAAAUAUUUUGGCGGUGGAAUGAAGAUUACACCAAAUGCCCACCCUUCUAGCACGAACUUUGAGAUGGUUGUUCUUCAGGACUUCAAAUGGUACGACUUUGUCUUCAAAAUGCAUAAGCUAUACAAUGGUACACACUUGUCGGUGAGAAAUGUAUCUUUAAGAGGUGCAUCUUCAAUUGAAAUCGAGGAGAUUGUCCGCAGUGACAGUAUUUUCGUCCAAUCGGAUGGUGAAUAUUUAGGUUUUCUUCCAAGAAAAUUCAGUAUUUUGCCCGGUGCUAUUGAAAUGAUAUGCUAGCAAGUAGCAAGCAAUCUCUCUCCCUUGAAAAAUACAAUAGCAGUUUGAGAAUGGAUAUGCUGAAAAAAGAGUUGUUCUUUCUAUCAAUAAAAGCGUGUUACAUGCUGAAGAAAGAGUCGCUCUUUCCUUGCAACCCAGAAAGAUGAAUUUAGGUGUUAGUGUAAUUUACUUUUCUCGUUAGCAAUUUUUAUAUGUUAAGUUAUUUCUCAAGAAUUUGGUCUGUUAAUUAAUAUAUUAUUAUCUGUCAAAUUAUAUCUUUUUGAUAGUCCA